AUGUCUUGGUACGAUAAUGAAACAUCACCAAUCAAAGUAUCAUCAGUAGCACCACCAGUCAUUGAUCCACCAAUGAAUCAUUCAACAACACGUUCAUCAGUAUUCAAAUGGGAUACAUUCAGAGUUUUAUUAGAUAAUAAUCUUAUUCUUACAGAAAAAGGUAUUGAAAUGCUUAAAAUUAAUACAAAUUUGACUGAUAAUCAAAUUCGUGAAUGGCAUGCUGGUAUUUUACGUGAUUGUCCAAAUGGUAAACUUUCAAAAACUAAAUUUGUUGCAGGUUAUGAACAAUUAUAUCCAGGUGGUAAAGCAAACGAGUUUUGCAAAAAUGUAUUUGCAACAUUUGAUCGUGAUAAUACUGGAACAAUCGAGUUUUAUGAAUUUAUACUUGCCAUUGGAUUGACAAAAUCAAAUAAUCUUGAUUUGCGUUUUUCUUUAGCAUUAGAUAUGCAUAAUUCCAAUGAUACUGAAACAAUGGAUGUAAAUGAAUUGGCUAAAGCUAUUUCUACUCUGUAUGAUUUUAUGAGUGUAAUUGAUCGUAAAAAUGAUUAUGAUCCAAAACAUCGUGUCGAAGAAAUUAUUCGUAUGUGUGAUGUUACUGGUAACAAGAAAUUGACAAGAAAAGAAUUUCUUAUUGGAUGCCAAAAGGAUCCCGUCAUUCGUCGUUUACUUGUUCCUGAUGCUUAA